AUGCGGCCUGUCCUCUGUUCGCGGAAGGGCAAACCACCUUAUCGGUUUGUAUGCCCAUUUUGUGGGCAGCGGUUCGAAUACGCGCAGACCCAGGUGUGGCAACCCAGGGCUUCCACCUUUUCCGCUCCUCCCCUCUUUUUUUCUGUGCCUAGUUCUUUAAAUUCAUGCCCCUCUAGUCGUGUGCUGACUUCGUUCUUUGUCAAGAAAAUGGAGAUCGAUUUGCUGCACCCCGAUCCCAAGGUCGAGGCCUCUAAGCACAAGCUGAAGAGGCUGAUUCCGAACCCUAACUCCUUCUUCAUGGAUGUCAAAUGCCCUGGCUGCCUGCAAAUCACGACCGUCUUCUCACACGCUCAGACCGUUGUCCUCUGCGGCAGCUGCAACAUCAUGCUCUGCCAGCCGACUGGAGGCAAGUGCAAGCUGACUGAGGGCUGCUCGUUCCGCAAGAAGGUGGAGUAAUAGAGUUGAUGCAACCGAAGUCAAACGCACAGCGCAUGAUUCACGAAGUACUCGUCUGUUUUGUUCUCAAAAGACAUCUUUCUUUCUCUGCACAGGAAAGCUGGGAGAUGGGCAAAACGAGGUGAAGGGGGGGAAGAGAUAGACGGAGACGUCUCCUUCGUUUUCCUUUCUGAAGAAGCGUACGAUGAAAGCAAACACAAGCGCGCAGUCUCUCGCGAAUACCGGAUUUCUGCCACAGAAAACCUUGCCACCGCUAGUUUUCUAAGCUAGCGGUCGCGGGGGCGUGCAGGGAGAGGUGUGGAGUGGAAUUGCCGUUGUCUGAGAGACAUUCGGGUGCAGUUUGAGAAAAUCAAGCGAGGUGCCAACAUCGUUGCUUGUUUUGAUCGUGCAUCCGUACACGGAAGUUCGGUUCGCUGUUUUCUGCGCGUGGCUGUGGCUAUGCGGUGAGCAUGCUGAACAAUGCUGUGGCGCGCAAGGUGAUUGGUGUCAAAACUCCUGCUUCUUCUAAACCCCUCUGCGAAGUUGAAGUGUCCUGAACAAGGUUGCUGCGAACUUCACGCGUGCCUGUUCGUAAGUUGUGCACUACAACCGCAGACACCGAGGACGGC